CUAAAUUGAUUCGCUUGAAAAAACCAAAAGUAAGCUUAUCUUCUUUCACGUGGGCCAUGGGAUGAACCCAAUAUUGACUUACCAUACUAACUGUUUAUGAGAACAUUAACUUCCAAUAUGGAAAAAAGAAUGCCAUAUGCGUUAUAAUAUGCAAGUCUCAAUCUUCACUAUCAUAAAAAAGAAAAAACAAUUUUUUUCCAUUCGUAUCUUACUUGCUGAUUCUUGGUAUUUUCAUGUGUAAAAAUGGUUUCUUGGAGAAUCCUGUUACGGAGUGUCUUAUUUCAGCUUACCUUUCUUUGUUCAUUUUCUCAAGAAAGUAGAGAUAUUCUCCCUCUUGGUUCCAACAUCUCAGCUGGAAGUAAAUCUUCACACUGGCUUUCACCCUCUGGAGAUUUUGCCUUUGGGUUCUACAGUCUUAAAACUGGACUCUUCCUUGUUGGCAUUUGGUUUGAUAAAAUCCCCGAACAUACUCUCAUAUGGUCAGCCAAUCGCGAUGAUCCAGUUCAUGCCGGAUCAAAGGUUAUUCUAACACUGAGUGGACACCUUGUGUUGACAGACUCUAACAGGAGAGAGUUUGUUUUGUACAAUGGUACAGGCACAAGUUUUGCUGCUAUGCAAGAUGAUGGAAAUUUUGUCCUGAGAAAUUCAUCCUCAGGAGUCUUGUGGGAAAGCUUUGAUUUCCCUACAAAUACUAUUUUGCCUGGACAAGUUCUUGUUAUGGGGCAAAAGCUAUUUUCUAAUUCCAAUGGAACAGUGGAUUACUCGACGGGAAAAUACAGACUAGAGAUGCAGAUGAAUGGGAAUGUGGUUUUGUCUGCUUAUAGAACUCCUGAUUUGGGGUACUGGAAUGCUCAGACUAUAAACCACAAUAAUGUAUGGCUAGUUUUCAAUAAGACUACUGCUACUAUGUUUAUUGUGAAUGGAAGCUCAAUCAUAAGCAACAUGAUAGCAGACCAGCCUUCUUCAGUUCAAGAUUAUCGAUGGUCACUGACAAGGGAGAUUUCCAACAGCUUUACCGUAGCAAAGAAAAUGGGAACGGUUGGGAUGUUGCGUGGCAAGCUAUCACGCAGCCUUGUGUUGUGAGCAACAUUUGUGGUGUAUAUGGCUUUUGCCAAUUAACUGAUAAUAAGGUAAUCAAUUGCAGUUGCUUGCCAGGCUAUUCUCCCAAAGAUCACUAUGAUCCAUCUCGAGGGUGUUAUCCGAAUGAGGUGAAAGAUUUCUGUGAUCCGAAUUCUUCACCUUCGGAUGUCUCUAUCCAGAGAAUAGCUAAUGUUGAUUUUCCUAAUAGGGAAUUUUCAGAACUGGAAAGGGUGUUUGAUAUUGAUGAGGAGAUUUGCAGGCAGGAAUUAUUGAAUGAUUGUCUUUGUGAGGCAGCUGUCUUCAGUGGUAGUACAUGUUACAAGAAGAGGAUGCCUAUAAUGAACGCUAGAAGUGUUUUUCCUGAAACAAAUAACAUGGUUGCAUUCCUUAAAAUUAGCAACUCUUACAAAAGACACUCUGUCUCAAAGGGUGUUUUAGUAGCAGGUGUGACAGUAUGUGCAGUACUUGCUCCACUUUUUGCAGCAAUUGCUAUAUACUAUCACCCUUUCGUGCGAAAAUAUAGACAUGCCAAAAACCCUCCGAAAAGAAAGCCAAUUGAGCUGAAUUUAAGGGCAUUUUCCUUCCACCAGCUGCACGAAGCCACAAAUGGUUUCAAAAAUAAAUUAGGCCAAGGAGCUUCUGGUGUGGUUUAUAGUGGAAUUCUCAAGUUAGAGGAUGAAGAAGUUGAAGUUGCUAUAAAGCAAUUGGAAAAUGGCGGUGAAGAAGAUAAAGAAUUUUUGGCAGAAGUGAGAGUGAUAGGCCUAACACAUCACAAGAAUCUGGUUCGUUUGUUAGGCUUUUGCAACGAAAAGAAUCAUCGGCUUCUUGUUUAUGAAUUGAUGAAAAAUGGGGCUGUGUCAAAUUUCAUCUUUCAAGAUGGACAAAGACCAAGCUGGAAGCUAAGAAGUGAUAUUGCACUUGGGAUUGCUAGAGGCCUUUUAUACUUGCAUGAAGAGUGUGAAAACCAGAUCAUUCACUGUGACAUUAAGCCACAAAAUGUUCUUCUUGACAAGAACUACACAGCCAAAAUUGCGGAUUUUGGUCUUGCAAAGCUUCUUAUGAAAGACCAGACACGAACAAUCACGAAUUUUAGAGGAACCAUGGGUUAUAUGGCACCAGAAUGGCUAAAAAACGUGCCCGUGACUACUAAAGUUGACAUCUACAGUUUUGGCGUAUUGCUGCUAGAGAUUAUUUUUUGCCAAAGGCACAUGGACUUGAAUCCAGUCGACGAAGCAAACGAAGAGUCCGAGUUGAUCUUAGUGGAUUGGGUUCUUCAUUGUGUGAGAACUGAGAAGCUGAAAGCUGUUGUUAGUCAUGAUGAAGAAAUUGUGGAUGAUUUUCGUAAUUUUGAGAGGAAGACUAUGGUAGGACUGUGGUGCUUGUGUCCUGAGCCAAAUCUUAGACCAUCUGCAGCAAUGCUUGUUCAGAUGUUGGAAGGAACUAUAGAAGUAGGUGUUCCUCCUAUGAUUGAUUCAAACAUGCACUGAAGUACUUGUUGUAUUGUUUUAAUUUUCUUGUAUUAGUCAAAUCUAUUCUACAGAUAAGAUUUAAAACAGAUUGAA